AAUAAAAUCAAGUAACUCGAUGAGUUUCAGCUUUCUCCCAAAACCUUUGUAAAAAAAUUCUUUUUCUUUUGUUGCUCUACCCCUCCCUCUCUCUCCUCUCUUGAAGCGGCAUCUGAGCUUUUCGUCCUCCAUUGAAGAAUCUUCUGAGUGCUUCACUCUUUCCCUUCAUUCCGAUUUCCUUCACAAUUCUGCAAUAUCCCGCCUUCCACCGCACGCCGCCUUCUGCCUGCCUCCACCGGCCAUUUACCACCGACCAGACGAGCACCGGAGUGACCAGAAUCUGUGACCGUCAAUUGAAGGCAUAAGUCAGAGCAAUUGAGCAAGACUUUUGUUUAUAUAACCCUUUAAUGGGACUCUGGUGAACCUUAGCUGAGACACCCUUCCGAAGCUCAAAGUGAGAAGACGGAAAUGGCUCUGAGGCAGCUAGCAGUAGGGGGGAAGACGCUGCCAUCUCUGUUGAACGUCUUGAGAAAGGAUAUCUCAAAACCCCAUCGUGUCACUGUACCUUUGCCUUCACUCCGUCGCACUUUCUCUCUAUAUGAUCAGAUCAAUCUAAUUGAUAAUAUUCCUGAGGACCAACUCCGCUUUCAAGGGUUUGACGAAACUGGAUUCAAUGUAAAUGGGGUCAAGUAUGAAGGUAGCUUACUUUGUGCUGGCAAUUUGCUAAUGUCAUGGACCCCUAAGAACUUUGCAGAUAUUACCCCUGAAAGUUUGUCCAUCUUCCAGAUUCUUCGGCCUAUUCCAGAAAUUUUAAUUCUUGGAUGUGGAAGACACAUUGAACCAGUAAAUUCUGAACUCCGGAGCUAUUUGCGCUCUGCAGGCAUAAGAUUGGAAGCAGUUGACUCGCGAAAUGCUGCCUCUACAUACAACAUUUUGAAUGAGGAAGGUAGAAUAGUUGCGGCAGCUCUCCUCCCAUAUGGAGCAUCAGCGUCUUCAUAAUAUUUGGUCAGAUGACCAAUAGCAAAACGUUUCAGCAAAUUCUUGCUCCGUUUUUGAUGCUUCUGUUGACUAGUUGCGGAAGUUUGGCGAUAUGUAGUCAUUUAAUUUGACACUAUGUAAUUUUGAGUACGAUUGCUUCAGUUCUCCAAAUAAAGCUUUCUCAGAACUUUUUUUUUUUUUUGACGAGAUUCUCAGAACAUUUUUCAUGGUUGUAUCUUUAUGAUAUGUGGGAUGCACAUCAAUAAUAUGGUCUGUUGAGUAA